AUGAAGUCCAUAAAUUCCUUCACUUGUGAUGCAUGUGGUAUUGAUGGGGAUCAAGAUCAAUCCCCACAUCUUUGCAUCAAGUGUCAAGUAAUACUCCACGAGGAAUGCACUUCAUUACCAAACAAAAUCGACACUAUAUGCCAUCCUCACCCAUUGAUCCACUCCUUGUUUCUUGAAGAAAGUGUGUCAUCAGGGAAAUGGAAGUGUAGAAUUUGUGAUUCUGAAUUGAACAGAGACUAUGGGAGCUACUACUGUCCAGAAUGUAAUUUUGCUGUCCAUGUAAAUUGCGCGAUUAGAAAUAUUGAUAGGCAUAACAUUUUUGUCCACGAAGAUCAUACAGAGCCUGCAAUGUUGCCAGCAAAAUGGGUGGAUCCAAUCACUUGUGUAAUCAAGGAAAUCAAAAUUGGAGAGGAUAAGAUAGCUGCAGAGAUCAAACACUUCAGUCAUGAACACAACUUAGUCCUUAUCAAUGACGUUAAAGUUCAGAAACAAUCUCACGCGUGCAUGCUACCGAUCUCUUCUACUGGCUACAUUUGUGCAGAUUGUGAUUUUUUGCUCCAUAAAACCUGUGCCAAUCUUCCUUGGCGAAUACUGGAGACGGGUUUACACUCACAUGGCUUAAGUAUCUUUCCAUCUGCCCCAAAUAUGUUCGCUGUGCAUCAAUUUCAUACUACGGUAAACAUGAAGGACAUAAGCACUCACUCUUCCAUGGAAAGCGAAAGAGCUUCGUUGAUUGCGGUGCCUGUCAUCUUAAAGGAGGCAUCAUAUUUCUCAUGUUUCAAUUGCAAUUUCACCUUAGAUUUUCAAUGUGCAACACUACCCCUUAGAGUGAAGCACAAAGACAACUGGCCUCAUGAUCUUGCUCUGAUUUAUAGUUCAGAUGAUUCUGGUGAAUACUACUGUGAUAUCUGUGAAUUGGAAAGAGACCCCAUGAAUUGGUUCUAUAGGUGUUCUGAAAAUUGCGACUUUGAUGCUCAUCCCAAAUGCGCUCUCGGGAUGUAUCCGUUUGUCAAGUUUGGAGGCACUUACUUGUUCGAUGAAAAGCACCCGCACCCCCUCACAUUAGUCCAGAUGACGAAGGCAAUGAUGAAGAAUCGCCCCGCGUGUGACGACUGUGGUGAGCCUUGCUGGGGCAUAAUCUUCGAAAUUCGAAUGUACCAACUCUGA